UUUUCUUUCUUGAACUCUGUCAGUCGAUUAACUGCAGUUAACAGUUUGUUAUUAACCGUACUGCUUUAUUGUGGCGUAUUCGUGCCGGUCUUGCAAAUUCUAGAAAUAACAUCUUUUUAAUUAAUUAAGUCUUACUACUGAAGUCUGUUGUACUUGUAUAUAUUCAUUGGAAAAAUUGAGAUUCUAUACAAUAUUUCAUAUUUUAGUCAAUAUGGACAAAUCCUCAAGUUUGGUCGUAGUAAGUCCAAAUACAAAAUAUACCGAUGAAUUUAUUUAUUCGGACUACGAUUAUGAGGAGACUUUGGUGACUAAAAACGGCAGUGAAUUAGUGGCUAAACCUUACCGGAAAUCACUUUCUAUUCGUACUGGAAGGAAAGUGGGCAAAGUUGGUGUAAUGCUGGUAGGUUGGGGUGGAAAUAACGGAUCAACAUUCACAGCAGGAGUACUCGCCAACCGCCACCAACUGUCAUGGAAUACAAAGAAUGGAAAAGUGGAUUCAAAUUGGUAUGGUUCUAUAACACAAUCGUCCACAGUGCGCCUUGGAAUUGAUGAACAAGGUCAAGAUGUAUAUGUCCCUAUGUCGCAGCUGUUGCCUAUGGUGGACCCAGAUGAUUUGGAAAUCGACGGAUGGGACAUCAGCCCAUUAAAUUUGGCGGAGUCUAUGGCACGAGCGAAGGUGAUUGACUAUGACCUACAGCAGAAAUUGAAGAAAGAAAUGGCUGCGAUGAAACCACGGCCCGCUAUAUACGAUCCUGACUUCAUUGCGGCCAAUCAGGCUGAUCGUGCAACCAAUCUGAUCCGCGGCACCAAAUAUGAACAGUACCUCCAGAUCCGGGCCGACAUUAAGAACUUCCGUGACAAGAAGAAGCUCGAUAAAGUAAUUGUGCUGUGGACGGCUAACACUGAGCGUUUCUGCGUGGUCCGCGAUGGCGUCCACGAUACUGCCGAGAACUUGGAGCGGGCAUUGCGCAACAACGAGCCUGAGAUAUCGCCCUCCACCAUAUUUGCGCUAGCCUCCAUCGAUGAAGGGUGCUGCUACAUAAACGGUUCGCCGCAAAAUACCUUAGUGGCCGGCGUGGUCGAAAGGGCUGAGAAGAACGGCGUCUACGUGGCUGGAGACGACUUCAAGUCCGGCCAGACCAAGCUCAAGUCGGUGCUGGUCGACUUCCUAGUAUCUGCCGGUUUGAAGCCUGUGUCAAUUGUGAGCUACAACCAUCUGGGCAACAACGAUGGCAAGAAUCUCUCCGCGCCACAACAGUUCCGUUCUAAAGAGAUCACAAAGAGCAACGUAGUGGACGACAUGGUGGAAUCCAACUCCAUACUGUACAAGCCCGGCGAGAAGCCCGAUCACGUGGUCGUCAUAAAAUACGUGCCGUAUGUUGGUGACUCGAAGCGCGCGAUGGACGAGUACACGUCGGAGAUAAUGCUGCACGGCACCAAUACGCUGGUGAUCCACAACACGUGCGAGGACUCGCUGCUCGCGGUGCCUCUCAUCCUCGACCUGGUGCUGCUCGCCGAGCUCUUCACGCGGGUCAGCUUCCGCCCCGACGAAAACCACGAGUGGCGCGGGCUGCACGCGGUGCUGUCGGCGCUGUCGUACCUGCUGAAGGCGCCGGCCGUGCCGCCGGGCGCGCCCGUCGUCAACGCGCUGUUCAAGCAGCGCGCCGCGCUCGACGGGCUGCUGCGCGCCGCGCUCGGCCUGCGCGCGCACGGCCUGCAGCUCGAGCACCGGGUGCCGUUCUUGAUGUCCGAGCUGCGUUCGGGCCGAAUGUUUGGAAAUGCACCUCCCGUCAAGAAGCAGAAGGUGGCCCACGCCAACGGCGACCAGUAAACGCCUGGACUUCGCCCCACCGUCUCCCCACGUAACGUGUCCAUAUAUUCACCACAGCAAUUUAUUUUUUCUUAAUAAUUUAACGGCCCUAGAUACUAGCACUUUAGAGUUCAUGCAACGGUCGGCAAGGUUGUCAACAAAAUAAAAUAGAGAAUACAAAUGGAAAUGAUAAUUUGAUUAAAUAUAUAAAAAAUGAACCCACGGCUCGAAUUAUUUGCCAUUUUGGAUGACAUUUAUUUCUUCACAAUUAAAUAGGCCAUGUUUUAUGCUAUUUUUAAUAGUGUACAAAUUUACUCAUAAUAUACCUUUACAAAGUAACAGUAUAGAUACUCGAAUUCCUAACUGUAUUUUUGCUGGUGUUUUACACAAGUGAUUUUUUAACGAAAUGGCGUCGUUUUUAUGGUUUGUUGAUUAGAGGUUAUGGUUACAAGCUAUUGAAUACGAUAAUGAAUAUGGUUAUGUUCUUGUUAUUUUAAUUUGUGUUUUAUUAUUACGUAUUAAAAUUGUAUUACGAUUUUUAUUUUUCAAUUGUAAUUUUAAGUGCCGCUAAUGGCAAUAAAAAUGUACGAGCGACAUAGAGAAUAGAUACAAGAUUUUUUUUAAUGCAUUUGAUUAAAUAGUAUUGUCAAUAUGGUAUUAACAAUAUGUGCAUUCCCAGUAUUAAGUCGAUACUGUUGCGUAAUAUGGUAGAUGCUAAGCUAGAGAUUCAGAAUCUCGAAUAUCUUUGGUUUAUUUUUUGAAAAGUAAAAUAACACGGGGGCGAAGAAGAGUGAAUUAUUAAUUUCAUAAGCACAAAAUUCAAAUCACUACUUAUUAGGUAUUUAGUUUUUUUGUGACGCGCAAUGAUUGCAGUUACGUUUCGGAUUUUAUUUUACAAAUGAUUAUCUAAUACACAUUUUUUCAUAAUGUAUAUUAUUCCAUUUGCAUAUAUAUAUAUAUACAUACACAUACAUAUAUAAAUACAUAUAUAAAAUAGAAUAUGUCGAAUAACUUGUAACACCAGAGACAUCUUUAAUUUGUUGCAGACUUUUUAUUACAUAAAAAUCACGAAACAUUUUUUUUUAUGAUCUAUAUAUAUACAUAAUAGUAGUUUCUCUACUGAAUCUCAUCUUUCAGAUAUACAAACACUGCUUACGUAGUCGCUGGUAGCAGAUAUAUUUAGCAAGCAUGUGUGUGUGCAAGCAAGCAUGCAGUUUAUGAUUUGUCUGGUAAAUACUGAGACUCUUACCAGCUUUUAUCCAUAGUAUAUUACACUAACAUACAAUACAUUCAUAAUUUUUGCUAUUUCUAAAGUUAUUAAAUGCUAAAAAUAAACAACAACUUAACUGCAAUCAUAAAAAAAUCACCUUUUCGAAUUUAAUUGUUGUGUUCUCUUUUUAAUUAUCUUCUCGCUAACUACCUUUAAUAGUAGGUAAAAAGAAUUCAGUGCAUUCGUGCAGAGAAAUGCAUUUCCCAUUAUAUAUUUUAUUAUCGAAUUUCUACCUACAUCCCCAGUGUUGCAAACUAUUGGCAGGGUCAUGGAAACUGCUAUAGUGUAUAUAUAGCGAUAGAUCUAUUGUACUUCUGUUCUGUGAUAGUGACUUUUGUGAUUAUAAAAUUAUUUCCGUAAACCAUAGGUUUCCCUUAUGUUAUAAUUUAGUUAAGAUACUUAACUGAAUGACAAUAAAUUUAUUUUGUUUUUUUUUUUUUAAUUGAAAUCUUUGAUUAUUGUUAUUAUCAAUUUAACGAUUAUUUACUAUAUCAUAAGUACCCUAAGUUCCUAAAGAUUUUGUGUUAAAAAUAAUUACGAAUGACUAAACAUUUAAAUGAGAGUGUAUCCACUGCAAAGCGCGGGAAUAUUUGACAGCUGCCAUUAUUGUUUUUUAAGAUGUCUUGUGUGCUUACUUGUCUUAAAAAAUAUAUUGAAUGUUUUAUCUCGUUCAAAUGAAUAAUGUGUGAUCACGAUUAUAGUUAAGCAUAGGAUUUGUUAAUUUUUCUUUUGGCAUAUUGUGAAUUUUACACUUUGUAGUGUAGUAAAUUUAAUAUUUAGAUACAUAUAACAUGUAAAAAUAAAAAUAUAUUAUCGUUGACACUUCAAUAUGUCGCACGUGAGAUGAGCAAAGAACUGUCAGAUGUUGUCUUAAAAAGUAAUGCCUGAUUAAACAUUUUGACAGUAACUUACCUUUUACGCUCUUUAAGUAUUUUUAGAAAACCCUGAUGUUUGUUAAAUAAAUGUAUCAAUUAUAGAAUAGAUCAACGAAAAAUAUAGAUUGGAAUAGUUAAGUCUCAAAACCAUAAACAGAUUAAAACACAUUUGCGCCGAAACUAUGCUUGUCGUUUGUAAAUGUUAAACAUAUUUUUUUAUGGUGUUGCCAAAAAUAAAUUUUGGCUAAACUCCAAAUCAAUAAGAAAUCUUAUUAAUUAAUGACUGAUGAUAACACUUUGCUCAUAUUUUUUUAUUAUUAUUCAUAUAGAUUGAGAACACUAUAAAUUAAGAAUGCGUAUAAGAAGGGAUAAAUGAAAUGAGACCUUAUGGCGUGCUUGUUACUGGCCAAUGAAAGUAUCUAUUAAACAUAAAAAAAAAAUAUACUUUCAUAUUUAUUCGACAGAUUUAGAACCCUAAACGAUUUCUGCCACAAGGUCUUUUUUUAUUUGUAUCAUAUCUAGUUCUACUUACGGCAAGCGACUGUUUAGUGUCAACAAUAUUUUUGAACAAAUUUACAAUGUGUAGUGUAUUGUGAUUACGGACCAUUUAUGCUGUUAGGGUACUAUGCAAACAUCACUCUGCACUCGAUUUAUCAUUAAUAUAUAAUAUGAAACCUAUUCGCAUCUCGCUCCAAUGAUAUGCAUGUUUUAUUUUUUAUAUACGAUUAUUUUUAUCAGUACAUAUUUUCUAUACAGAUAUGAAUAAAAUUCAUGGUUCUAAGGAGACCGUAUGAAAAAUGUGUAUUCGAUAACAAUGACCCUGUAUACAUGUGUUUAGUUUGUAUAAAUGCCUAUUACAAGGUAAAUUUUAUCGAUUUUCCUUUCUUGCUUUGAAGAGAAUAUUUUCAAUUCGGGAAAGUCGAAAUAAUUGUCGCACGUGGUUAGAUAUUCGGCGUUGUAUUGAUCUGAGUAGAUUACUAUGUGCAUUAAUGCUAAAAUAAACUUUGUAAUUGGA